GCUUUGCAGAGCUUGGCCAUGGGACACCAGACAGUGUGAGUAAGGGGGGUUUUUAUUCAACAGGAGUCCAGCUCCACGCACAUAAAGCUCUGGUGCAAAACUGGAGCUUGGUACUUCAGGAACAUGGGUUGCAAAACAAGAUCCAUGCAUUUCGUUUUUUGGUGUCUUUACUUCAUGCUCCUUCACUUGUUUUGCACAGCACAAGAUGAGGACAUGAGAUUAAGUUGUAGGACAGCGCCAAGUGAUUUAGUAUUUAUAGUCGAUGGAUCAUGGAGUGUGGACGACAUCAACUUUGAGAUUGUCAAACGGUGGCUGAUGAAUCUUACAAUGAGCUUCAACAUCGGUCAGAAGUUCACCCAGGUUGGGGUAGUGCAAUAUAGCGAUGACCCCAUCUUACAUAUACCGUUGGGAAAACACUUCUCAAGCCGUGACCUCAUCAAGACUAUGGAGUCCAUAGAGUAUAUGGGAGGGAACACGAACACAGGGAAGGCUAUCAAGUUUGCCAAUGACAAACUCUUUGCCCUUUCUGAGCGAGGUCCGAACGGCAUUGCAAAAAUUGCUGUGGUUUUGACGGACGGCAAGUCGCAAGAUGAAGUGCUGGCAGCUGCAGAAGCCGCACGGAAAAAGGGGAUAAUUCUCUUCGCAAUUGGCGUCGGAUCCGGGACAGAGGAGGCGGAGCUCAGAGCAAUUGCCAACAAGCCAUCCUCAACAUAUGUUUUCUCUGUGGAAGACUAUAAAGCAAUCUCAAAGAUCGGUGAAGUUAUUAGGCAGAAGCUGUGUGAAGAGACUGUGUGCCCAACAAAGAUUCCCAUAGAUUCUCGAAAUGAGAAAGGAUUUGACAUUCUUUUCCACCUCAACUUGGGCAAAAAAGCCAAAAAGACACAAGGAUCAUUUAUCGGCAGCAAUGCCUACCAGGUGACAUCCCGAGUGGACCUCACUGAGAGCACCAGGAUGUUAUUUCCAGGCGGACUGCCACCGUCCUAUGUUUUUGUGUCUACCCUGAAGUAUAAAGGCUCUGUGAUUAUGGAGGAGUGGGAUCUGUGGAGGAUUCAGACUAAGGAUGAGAAGUCUCAGAUGGCUGUUACUCUGAAUGGAAUAGACAGAACAGUGAUGUUCACCACUACCAGCAGCACACCCAGUGGAACUCAAACUGUUGUGUUCACUAAGCAACCAGCCAGGAAACUAUUUGAUGAAAAAUGGCAUCAGUUGCGUCUUUUAGUAACAGAAGAGGAAGUCACUCUGUAUGUUGAUGAUCUGGAAAUCGAAACUUUGGCAUUGGAGCCUCCUGUCGGUAUUUUUAUUAAUGGAAAAACGCAGGUUGGAAAGUACGUCAGCAAAGAAACAACUGUACCUUUUGAAAUACAGAAACUCCGAAUCUACUGUGAUCCUGAGCAGAAUAACAGGGAGACAGCCUGUGAAAUACCUGGAGUUGAUGGAGAGUGCACUAAUGGACCAGGAGACAUUGAUCCUUCCCCAGAACCCUGCAUCUGUCCACCUGGGCCACCCGGUACCCCAGGACAAAAGGGAGAACAAGGCAGAACCGGAGAUCCGGGUCAACCUGGUGCUGCUGGUGCUGAUGGUAAGCCUGGAGUCCCAGGUUCUAGAGGAAGCCAUGGCCUUCAAGGCUCUCCUGGCAUGGAGGGGCCACGUGGAGCUGAUGGACGUAAAGGGGAAAAGGGAAGCCUCGGGGAAACAGGUGAGAGGGGUAUCCCAGGAUUACCCGGGCCACCUGGUAAACCAGGUGAAAAGGGAUCUGCUGGUAAUCAGGGUACACAAGGGACACCAGGCAAAGACGGUCAAAUGGGAGACAAAGGAAGCAUAGGGCCUACAGGUCCACCUGGAGAUCCAGGACAGCCUGGAAUACCUGGUAGAGAUGGGAAAGAUGGCAUCCCGGGAGGAGUUGGUCAAAAGGGGGAUCCGGGACUACCUGGAAUUCCUGGACUUGAUGGAAGAGAGGGACUUUAUGGCAUGCCAGGCAUACCUGGAAAUGAUGGUCCACAGGGAAUUAAGGGUGAAGCUGGCAUGACGGGGCAUAAAGGAGCCAAAGGUGUAGCUGGAGAUCCUGGUGAGAGGGGUUUGCCUGGAAUACCUGGUUCAAAUGGACAACCUGGCCCUAAGGGCCAUAAAGGUGAUAGUGGAGUACCAGGUCAACCAGGACAUCCAGGGCCAGAGGGUAAGGCCGGAGAACUUGGGAUAGCUGGUCAGCCUGGACAUCCAGGAAUGCCGGGAUUACAGGGCCGAAAGGGACAACGAGGAGAUACAGGAGAAAAAGGGGCAGAGGGGCUGAAAGGUGAAAGAGGAGAACCUGGAAAACCUGGUGUUCAUGGUUCAGGUGGGCCAGCAGGUCAGAAAGGCGAGAAAGGGACACCAGGAGAGGCUGGUCAGAGGGGUCAGAUCGGCCACCAGGGGCUCCCAGGACAACCAGGUUCAAUGGGGCCCUCUGGGCCCAGGGGUCAAAGUGGUGAAAUCGGCCCCCCGGGAACACCUGGACCCGAGGGACGACCGGGCAGAGUGCUGUCUGAACAACAUAUUCAACAGAUUUGCAGAGAUGUCCUUCGCUCUGAGAUUCCAGCACUUCUAUUGAGUAGCCAACACAAUCAUAACAGAAGAUGUGAGCACUGCUACACAAGGAUGGGAGCCCCAGGGCAACCGGGGCCAGCAGGUCCUCAGGGUUCACGGGGAUUCCCAGGUUUAUCUGGUUCUAAUGGGCUGCCGGGUCAGCGGGGUUUACCCGGGCGACCUGGUGUCUCUGGCAUGAAAGGUGAUCCAGGGGAAAAUGGUGAAAAGGGAAAACCAGGACGGUCAGAGAUUGGUGAUCCAGGUCUCCCAGGUCCACCAGGUCCAUUGGGCCCGACAGGGGUCGGCAAGCCGGGUCACCCGGGAAAGCCAGGUUCCCCUGGUCACAAUGGAGAAGAGGGACAGAAAGGUUACCCCGGCGAGCCCGGUCAACCAGGCGUUUGUCAUCCAUCGAUGUGCUACAGUGCAAUGUUGCGAAGAGAUCCUUUCAGUAAAGGGCCAAACUAUUGAAAGAGCUUGGAUAUGGUGCUGCUCAGUGAGCGAAAGUAACAGUAACAGCCAAUCUCAGGAUAACCAUAUUCGUCAAGAGUGUCUCUUACUCAUGGACACAUAAAGUACCUCUUAAAGUGUAAAUAAGCCUUCUUUAUACAACGCAUGGUCCAUGAUUUAAAGGAACAGUUCACCCAAAAAUUAAGAUUCUGUCUUCAUUUACUCACCCUUUGUUCCAAGUCUGUAUACACUUCUUUGUUCUGAUGAACACGGAGAAAGAUAUUUGGAAGAGUGCUUAUAACCAAUCAGUUCUUGUCCACUAUUGACUACCAUAGCAGGAAAAAUGUAUUUGUAAAUUUAUUUGUUAUAUUGAAAACAAAAUGAGGAAGAAUAUAGGGAAAGCAAACAGUUCUAUGGCACAUUUGACUACCAUUGUCAUUUUUUCUACUAUGGUAGUCAGUUGUAGCCAAGACCUGUUUGGUUACAAGCAUUCUUCCAAAUAUCUUUCUGUGUGUUUAUCGGAACAAAGAAAUUUAAAGACAUCUUGAGGUUGAGUAAAUGAUGACAAAAAUUUUUUGGGGGUGAACUGUCCCUUUAAUUCUGCCCUUAAUUUGUUUUCAUCUGUCAUAAACUGAUAUGUGCCCUGAUUUCUUCAUGCUCUUUGUCAUGAAAAGUGAAAAACAUGUGAAAAGCAUCCAGUGUAAGAAGCAUUCCAGCACUGGCCGUGGAAAUCACUUCAGCUUCACUCUAGCUCCCUCAUGUGGCUCUCAACCAUCAGCAGCCCGUCAUCUCAUUGUAUUUAUGAUUCCAGAUUUACUGUUUGUUUUUGGCUUUUUCAAAAAAGAUUGUUGUUGUCAAACUUGUCUUUUGCAGCGUUAAUGUAAACCAUGAAGCUCAACGAGCAUGCAAGCUUUAGAUGUGAGGAGUUUUUGUCUGGAGUAAUUUGUCUUGUGUCUAAUGUUAUUUCUGAUGUAUCUCAGAGUUUUUAUCUCUGUCCUUUAGGUUUUACUCUGAGAAGUCCCAAACACUUUGACCAAUGAAUUUACAGGACUUUUUGAUAGGGCAAUUUAUAGCCAGUGAAAUAUUUUAGAGCUGACUGCAAGUAGAAAUAUUCAAGUAAAUUUCCAUAUUUCCACAUUUAAUGUUUUCUAAGCACUUCUAUUUCGCGAAUUAAAACUGCAGGUAUUUUCAUGACUGUACGGUAUCCCUGUAACUACACAAUGGAUUUCAAAGGGGAGCGUAAUAAAGUGUAGAUAUUUCACAUAAUUAGUAAUGUAAACUGGAUGUGUUUUUAUCAAUAAAUGACGUUUUAAAACUACACAGUAAAACUAGUUAUUGAAAAGAGAACAAUUCUGAAAACUUAAUUUUCGUCCAUUUGUCAAAGAGUGUGUCACAUACAUUGUAAUAAAACACACCUUCCUAUAAAUGUAUACUUUUUGUUGUUAUUUAUAAGAACUGUUACAGCAGUUACAACAAUUCCUGUGAGAGUGCUUAUUUUUGAAGUAAUGCUUUUUUGUUUUAAUUGUUUAAAUGUGAUUGAAUGACUUUUGAUAAUAGUA